AUGAAAGUUAAUGCAAAUAGGGCACAAAGCAUGAACGCAAAAUUGUAUUCGUGCGACUUAGAGACUUUCCAGGAUCAAGAGCACAUUGGUCGUCGCUCAGGUCUUCCGCCUAGGUCAUAUGCAGUUGAUUUACGAAAUAGACAGUACGAGUACGAGUUGCUCCAGACUCUUCAAUAUCCGUAUGUGCAUGCUCAUUCAGCGUAUACGCGUGCAAAUCUAGAUAUCAAACAACUCAUAAAUGAGGUUUACACGCUGCAAUGCACAUUGCAUAUCUGGGGCAAUGAAUUUCCAAUAAUGCUGGAUGUCUCCAACUUGGAAGUUUCAGUGCUUGCUUUCGAGAUGCUGUCGAACCAUAGUCUCUAUAGACAUCCUAAAGGUCGACCACAGUCGACAAGGAUUCAAAAUGACAUGGAUGUCAGGGAGAAGUGCAAACCUAAACAAUGCAUAGUAUGUCGAACAUCCAACCACAACCGAUCCACUUGCCCAUAUCAUGUCUAUGUUCCCGAUCAAUAUUCUCCUAAUGCUAGAUUGGAAGAUGACGAGUGA